AUGGCAAGUCACAGAGACUCUUGCUUCCUCCACAAGCUGUCCUACCACCCUCGAUGGCCGCAUGGCUUAUUUAAACUGAGAAGGAAAAGACACAUGUGGACAAACAGUGACCUAGCUCAUGGUUUCCUUGUUUCCUCAUCUGCUUCAUUAUCAUUUUUUAAGCCACAGUUGCCAUUUUCCCCUAUACAGCAUUUUAAGAGCAGCUGGGCAAACUGGCUUUUCAUGUGCUUACUCUUAAUGUCAUCCCUACCUUGUCAAGCCUGGGCAACCACUUUCAAAGUGGCCCUGGUUGGACCUUGGACUUGUGACUCCUUUUACUCCAAAGCCCUGGCGGAUACUGCGGCCCGCCUCGCCACUGCACGCAUUAACAAGGACCCCCACCUUAACAAAGGCUACUGGUAUGACUACACGCUGAUCAACGAGGACUGCAAGUCAUCUCGUGCCAUCGCUCGCUUUGCAGAGCUGGAAGGAUACGGCUCUGCGUUCUUGGGCCCAGCUAACCCAGGGUACUGCUCUUCAGCUGCUUUGUAUGCUAAAGAGUGGGAUGUUGGAAUUCUGUCCUGGAGUUGCCUAAAACCUAACAUGGAAGAAGGAAGGACAUACCCUACAUUCCUACGGCCACAGCCGUUGUCUUCACGUGUUCUUUUCACAGUGCUACGCUAUUUCCGGUGGGCCCACGUGGCAAUCAUCUCAGAGGACAGUGACAUCUGGGAGGCCACUGGAUAUGAGCUGGCUUCAUCGCUAAGGGAUUUGGGCUUGCCCGUCAACCCUGUUGUGACUAUGGAAGCUGGAAAGGACGGGCCGAGGCGGGCCUUGACAAAAGUGCGGGAGACUGAUCGAGUUAGAGUGAUCAUUAUGUGCAUGCCAUCUGUGCUGGUUGGUGGCCUAUCCCAGUACGAACUCCUGACUUCAGCAUUAGCCAUGCGAAUGAUCGACCGCGGCUACGUGUUCAUCCCCUACGACACGAUGCUCUACGCUCUUCCGUACAACAACGCUUUCUACUACAACCUCGGCAAUGACACCAAGCUGAGGAAAGCCUACGAUGGGGUGCUCACCAUCACUAUGGAUUCUGAAGACCGUAAUUUUUUCGAGGCCUACAAAGCAGCUCAGGAUAGCUACGAAAUCCGCAGCAGCACUGCAGCAGAGAACGUUUCUCCAUUCUUCGGUUCAAUCUACAACAUGAUGUAUUACAUAGCGAUGGCAGCCGAACAGGCCCGUGCCAGCAGCGGUCGCUGGGUGAACGGCGAGAUCCUCAGCUCCAACGAGGGUGGAUUUGAAUUCCAGGGCUUCAACCAGCGCUUGUGGGCGGGAAGGAACGGCGAAGGCAUGCAAGCUCGCUACGUCGUGCUGGACUACAGCGGCAUGGGCAACUCUCUUUAUUCCACUCAUCGUCUGGAGGCCGCGCACACGGACGGCAGAAUCGGAGGCUUGAAAUAUCUCGGUCGGUCCAUCCAUUUUGCCGGGAGUACUCCUUACACAGACUCCAGUUGCUGGUUUAGUCCUUAUUUUGCCUGCAGUGGAGGAAUGGAUUAUACUACUAUCUUCUUUUUCCUUCUCAUCGUUAUGCUCGUUGGUGCUGCUGCAAACGCCUUUAUUCAUUUCAAGAGGAGCGGCAGAGUGGGCUUUACAUUUGGAGACGGUGGUGGCAGCACAUCUACCAAAGUACUUCUGACACUGGAUGACCUAGUCUUCAUUAACACACAAAUCAGCAAAAGGAAGCUGAAUGAUGAAAGCAUCAUGAGGAGUCAGCUGGAUAUGAAGACCCCUCACCACUCGGUGUCCGGUCGCAGCUACUUGGCCUCCACCCCAGACAGUUCCAAUGUUGCUGUAUUUGAAGGUGAUUGGGUUUGGUUGAAAAAAGUCCCACCUGGAAGUGUUUCAGGCGUCAAUAGCAGCACUGAGUCAGUCUUCAUCAAGCUCCGAGACAUGAGGCAUGAGAAUCUCAAUCUCUUCUUGGGACUCUUCCAUGACUCUGACAUCUUCGGAGUGGUGACAGAGCACUGCUCCAGAGGCAGUUUGGAGGAUUUACUCCUCAAUGAGGACGUGCGCCUGGACUGGAUGUUCAAGUCUUCCCUGUUGAUGGAUCUAAUCAGGGGGAUGAAGUACCUACACAAUCGAGGAAUCAUUCACGGACGACUCAAAUCCCGAAACUGUGUGGUGGAUGGGCGCUUCGUGCUGAAGGUGACCGAUUAUGGCUUCAAUGAACUACUCAGUACCCAAAACAUCAGCCUGGAGGAAGAAAAACCUGAAGAUCUUUUCUGGACUGCUCCUGAAAUGCUGCGUAAUGUCUCCCUGAGGAGAAGGGGUACUUUUCCUGGGGAUGUCUACAGCUUCUCUAUAGUUGCACAAGAAGUGAUUUCGCGCUCUGCACCCUUCUGUAUGCUGGACAUGCCACCAAAGGAGAUUAUCAGCAAGGUCAAAGAGCCCCCUCCUUUGUGUCGGCCCUCCGUGUCAGUGGACGAGGCCCCCCUGGACGUCAUUCAGGUCAUGAAGCAAGCGUGGAGCGAAGAACCCGAGAAGAGACCAACGUUUCAUGAUAUUUUCAAACAGUUUAAAAGCAUCACCAAAGGCAAGAAGACCAAUAUUAUCGACUCAAUGCUGCGGAUGUUGGAGCAGUACUCCUCAAACUUGGAGGAUCUGAUCCGGGAGAGGACAGAAGAGUUGGAGGUGGAGAGACAGAAGACGGACCAGCUGGUGGCUCAGAUGUUGCCCAAGUCUGUGGCCCAAGCGCUGAAAACAGGCAAACCGGUCAAGCCUGAGCACUUCAACGACGUCACGCUCUACUUUAGCGACAUUGUCGGCUUCACCACCAUCUCAGCUCUCAGUGAGCCCAUCGAGGUGGUUGACCUGCUUAAUGACCUCUACACGCUCUUUGACGCCAUCAUUGGCCUGCAUGACGUGUAUAAGGUGGAAACUAUAGGAGAUGCAUACAUGGUGGCCUCCGGAGUUCCCAAUAGGAACGGCAACCGUCACGCCGCCGAAAUGGCCAACAUGUCUCUAGACAUUCUCCACUGCAUCGGCACCUUUAAGAUGAGACACAUGCCUGAAUUAAGAGUUCGGAUCCGGAUCGGCUUGCACUCCGGCCCAGUCGUAGCAGGAGUAGUGGGCCUCACAAUGCCUCGCUACUGCCUCUUUGGAGACACAGUCAACACAGCGUCUCGAAUGGAGUCCACCGGGUUGCCUUACAGAAUACAUGUCAACCAGACCACAGUAGACAUCCUAAACAGCUUGAAACUGGGAUACAAAAUUCAAGUUAGAGGUCUGACGGAAUUAAAGGGAAAAGGUGUGGAGAACACGUACUGGUUGGUGGGAAGAGAAGAUUUUAAGAAAGCUUUGCCUAUUCCACCAGACCUUCAAGGGGGAAGUAAUCAUGGCAUCGGUUUGGAUGAGAUUCCACCAGACAGAAGACAAAAGUUUCUGGAUCGCCAGAAGAAGAUGGGCUAG